AGGGUUUCAUACAGCUUAGUAACGACAGUAACGUCAACGGUGAAUGUGAGCCACAGUGCCCUCUCUGGAGCUCUGUGUAAAUACACAGCCCUGUUCAAACAUUGACUAACCAAUCUGAGGGCGUUGAUGUGAGCCAGCCCAGGGUUCAGGGCACUCUGCCACAUCCUGUGGUCAAGGAUGCGCUGUGCAUGUGUCUGUGUCAGUGUUCAAAUGACUUUCUUCUCCUAACAUGUCGGCACCGAUGUACCUCACUGUACUGCUGUCUCUGUUUGUCUGUACAGGGACCACAGACCCCUCUAGCACCGCAGCCCCUGUCAGCGCCACCACAGGCGCCCCAAUCACCACGACCCAAUCUCCCACCACGAGCACCACCACAGAUGUCACAACAACCACGACCCCCUCUUCCAACACCACCACAGUCACUACAACCACCAUGGCCCUGUCUUCCACCACCACCACCCCUCGCCCCUCCACAACUUCAAGUUCUGAUAUCCGUCCAUCUAUUGAGGAAACCAGCGACACAACGACCUAUCAGUCGAUGCCGUCUCAGUCCAACACGGGAACGUCAUAUCCGACAGUAACUGUAACAACCACUGAUGACACAACUGGCACAGUUGCCUCACAGGAUUGGGGGAAAAAAGGGGACCUAAAGGACGACCCCGGCCUGGUGACCAUCAUCUUCAUCUUCUGCAUCAUCCUGGUCCUGGCACUGGUGGUUGGCACCAUAACGUGUACCAAGCUAACAAGGUCAAAGUUUGGCAAGCUGAAAGACAUGCCUUCGGACAAGGUCGACGAGGAGUCACCUUUUGCCAGGUACUCCAAAUAGAGCAGUUGUCAAAAAGAGAGGAUUUUUGACCGACCAGCAGCAACUUUGGGUCUAAAUGAACAC